GCGGGGCCGUUGUUUCUCCUUGCAGCCGCAGGUCCCGGUCUCGUCUUCACUGCUCUGUGUCCGCAGCCUCUGUGGCCCUGUAACCUGCGGUAUUGGAAGAUCCACAGCUAACAUGCCAGGUGCGCCUGGCAGCCUAGAAAUGGGACCAUUGACAUUUCGGGAUGUGACCAUAGAAUUCUCUCUGGAGGAGUGGCAAUGCCUGGACACGGCUCAGCAGAAUUUAUAUAGGGAUGUUAUGUUAGAGAACUACAGAAACCUCGUCUUCCUGGGUAUUGCUGUCUUUAAGCCAGACUUGAUAACUUGUCUGAAGCAAGGGAAAGAGCCUUGGAAUAUGAAGAGACAUGAGAUGGUAACUAAACCCCCAGGUAAGUGAGAGUGAAUAUAACAAACAACAUAGAUGAGAGGUCCAGAGGUCAAGGAGAAAGCCAGUUCUCAAAAUGUGACCUGGGAAGCUGUGCUCCAAAGGAAGUAGUUUCUGGGAAGACUGAGAUUUUUUAAAUUUUGCUGUCACGUAGAGGCAUCUUCUGUCUUAUGCUUUAAAAUUCUCUAAGGAUUCUAUUUUCAUUUUGGUGGUCUCCCUUCAAGUUCACAAUGAGAGCCAAAGUCGUGUUCAUGGCAUAUAAGGGACUGCACAAUCUGACUGCUUUUCCAUUGUUACUGGGGACACAAAAAUAUCUAUAGUUUUGAGAAACUACAUUAAAAGAACCUGGCUCUUUUACCUCACACUUGCUCUUUUACCGUGUGAUAUGUCCAGUUCCUUUUCGCCUUCCACUGUGAUCAUAAGCUUCCUG